AUGGCAAGAACAGAACUUGUGAAUGAUAUGAAACUGGACGCCGAGGUUCAUCCCGACGGCACCUCACACCCCACCUUUCAACCCGACUACGCCCAAGGAAUCACUGGCAGAUGGCGGCCGAAGGUCGAAAUCUGGAGGAGAGGGAAGAUACUUGGCGCAGGGACAUUCGGGACAGUCUGGAUUGAGAAAUGUGUACCAAGUGAAGGCCCCGCUAAGGUGCGAGCUGUGAAGAUGGUCAAGAAGUCAUCGAAUCCUUCCGAACAGAUGUACUGUGAUCAAGAACUCGAAGCUAUGGCGAAGUUUUCUCGACCAAGGUAUUCAGGGUUGUUCGUAGAAUGCUUAGGGUGGUUCGAGGAUCGGCAUUUCAUCUUUAUUGCCAUGGAAUAUAUGAAGUUGGGAGAUCUUCAACACCAUCUUCGCGGCCCAUUACCGGAAAGCGAAGCACGGCAAAUCUGUACUCAACUUCUACGGGGUAUUCAAUGUCUGCACGACAAUCAGUUCGUCCACCGAGAUCUCAAACCCGGGAAUGUCUUGGUCGUGAACGAGGGGCCUAAUUGGCACGUUAAAAUUGGCGAUUUCGGCGUCAGCAAACGGUACGAAAGGGCCGCCUUGCAAUCGAAGGUGGGCACUCCGCUUUACCUGGCACCCGAAUUACUUGGAUUGUACCCUCCUGGUAUGAGCUUGCAGAAACUCCGCCUCUAUACACAUCGCGUUGAUAUUUGGUCACUGGGCGUGAUGGUGUUCUAUCUCCUUUGCCACGACUAUCCAUUCCCGAGCGAUAACAGCCUCUCGUUGUACGUCCGGACUUCCAACUUCCCGUCCUACCGCAAACUUCGGUCUGUUACCCAGGAGGGCCAAAGAUUUCUCGAAUCUCUUUUGGCUGCAGAUGCGACAGUGCGGUUGUCCGCUAAAGAAGCUCUCCAAGACGGAUGGUUGAAACAACCAUCCUUCGACCCGAUCUCAGGAAUUUCGCGUAUGGGCCUUUCCGAAACAUCGGGUUCAAAUCCAAUAGACACUACUAACGAAGCUUCGAGAGGCUGGGGUGACGGAGAAGUUUCUUCCGUAAAAGUUGACGACCAAACAAGCUGGACCGCAUGGAGGCCACAGAGCAAAUCCACAGGCCUACAGCAGUCCAAAUCUGUGGGACAGACUCCGGUCUCCGGUCUGCCGGAUGACUUGAACACGGCUCAUAACAAAGGGCUGUCGUUACUGAGCCAAAAGCAGCAUGCAGACGCUCAGAAAAUGCUGCAGAAGGCUGUUGAAUUGCGCGAACAUGCUUUGGGUGCCUAUCACGAAGACACACUGGCUUCUCUUACUUUAUUGGGCGAUGCUCUUGUUGGCCAGGAGAAGUAUGCUGAAGCCGAGGCUAUGUAUCGAAACAUCUGGGUGAGACAAAGCCGAGCUCUUGGCGAGAAACAUGUCGACACCCUCAGAUCUCUAUACAUGCUAGGCAAAGUCCUCAACAACCAAGGUAAGAAUGUCGAGGCCGAAACCGUGUGCCGGGACGCCUGGGAAGGCGGGGAGCGGGCUUUGGGAGAAGUCCAUAAAGACACGUUGGCUUCUCUUCAUGAAUUAGGCGAUGCUCUUACCUGUCAAGAUAAGGAGGCCGAAGCCGAAUUUGUAUACCGGAACGCCUGGGAAGGGCGGAAGCGGACUCUGGGAGAAGCCCACGAAGACACGCUGGCCUCUCUUCAUGGAUUAGGCGAUGCUCUUACCUGUCAAGAUAAGGAGGCCGAAGCCGAAGUUAUAUUCCGGAACGCCUGGGAAGGACGGAAGCAGACUCUGGGAGAAGCCCACGAAGACACGCUGGCCUCUCUUCAUGGAUUAGGCGAUGCUCUUACCUGUCAAAAUAAGGAGGCCGAAGCCGAAGUUAUAUUCCGGACCGCCUGGGAAGGACGGAAGCGGACAUUGGGAGAAGCCCAUGAAGACACGCUGGCGUCUCUUCAAAAACUAGGUGGCGUUCUUAGCUUCCAAGAUAAGCAUGCCGAAGCCGAAAGCGUGUACCGGGACGCCUGGGAAGGGCGGAAAUGGGCCUUGGGGGAAGCCCAUGAAGACACGCUGGCGUCUCUUCAUGACUUGGGUGAUGCUCUUCUCCGUCAAGAUAAAACUGGCGAAGCCGAAGACGUGUACCGGGACGCUUGGGAAGGUCGAAAGCGGACUCUUGGCGAGGAUCAUUAUCAGACCAUGUCCUCUCUACAGGCAUUAGGCGAUACUCUUACCAGCCAAAAAAAGCAUGCCGACGCCGAGCAACUAUACCGACAGGCCUGGAAGGCACGCAGAGAAGCGUUUGGAGCAAAAGAUGAGGACACACUUAGGUUACUUCAUUGCCUAGCCCAGGCACUUCAUUACCAUGGAAAGCACACUCAAGCCGAAGUGUUAUUUCGGAAGGCCUGGGAGGGGCGUAAAGAAACCCUUGGAGUCAACGAUUUCGGGACACUCCAGUCUCUUGACCGCCUGAGUUCAACUCUCACUUGGCAACACAAGUGGUCCGAAGCAGAAACAUUACAACGUCAGGUUUACAAGGGUUAUCGGGAAAUGUUUGGAGCAAGCCACUCGGAAACCCUUAGGUCUCUUCACAUCCUAGGCCAAAUUCUUAAUUCUCAGAGCAAGUACGCCGAUGCUGAAGUUGUAUUUCGAAAAGCCUGGAAAGGGCGCAGUGAAACCCUUGGUGCAAACGACGAAGACACACUGGAAUCUCUGGAUUACCUACGCGAUGUUCUUCGUGUCAGUCCGCCAUCGAAAAUAACGGCACGCAAGCCCAAGCGCAGUCUACGAGAAAGUCUGGGUUCAUUCUUGAGAUGA